AUGCAACAGCUUUCGCCAUCAGAUUCAGAGAAUAGCGAUAUAGAGUUCGAUGAUACCCAGCUUCAAACUCCGCAAGCUCUACGGGAGUCCUCGAGAAGCAUACUCGAACGAGCCACAACGACUGAAAUUCCAUUGAGUGACCGUCCGUCUCAAAUCAAGAAGAAGACUCCUACAAAAUUUGCCGACUUUACUGAUCAUGAAGUUAUAGUAAACGAGAAGCUCAUCAGUGAUGAUAACCAGUUCACUCCACACGCAUUAAGUGGAAGUCCCGGCAGGAUUCCGAGACUUCAAUGGAGUAAUGAGAAGAUCAAAGCUGCUGCUGAUAUUCUGCAAAACAAGAAAGAUCUAUCCGACGAUGAGUUUGAUCCUUCCGAAGAUGACGAACCCAGCAACAAGAAGCCUAAUGCAGCUACAGAGGACGAGCCCCCAAUCAUCAGCGAAUCUUUAAAGUCGACUUUGGCACGCUCACCUCGAAAAGGCUCACCAUUGAGGAACGAAAUUCGUCCAUCCUCAAGCAGUCCAUCAGAUACGCAUGGUGACAAUAGCGGCGAGCCAAAGAAGAUUGACCAGAUGCUUCGACUGAUGAACUCCGACUUGAAUAGACUCAGGAGCAUAGAUCUGGAUGAUGCAAUUGAUGAAGAGCAAGAUCAUGUGGAGUACGACGAACAAUCAGAAUCAUCAGAUGACAAUGAAGAAGCUAUGAGAAAACUUGACACACUUCUUCCUAGCAGGAGCUCACGAGCGGGAAAUCUGUCGCCUUUACGUGCUACGCUGUUCAGUAUCGAUUCCAUCGAAAAUCAGGGGAACCGUACCGCACCCAGUCUUACAGCCCCUGAAACAGUGGAGGCGAACGCAAUUUGGGGAGACCGCAGUCCGACGAGAAACGGUAAGCUUGUUGGAGCGAAAAGAAAACGCAUGAAUGCCAAAUCGCUUCGACUGAAAGGAGGGAAGAAUUCAAUUGUCAAACCACCGAAAAAAGAAUAUGCUGCCUGGCCAGCAGAGAAAUGGACCAAGCUUACGAGAUUAAUUGAACUGAGCAUCCCGAACGAAGUCAUAGUCAACAGUAACAUCGUCGUGCGUGAGCUAGGGUGCAACAACAAGGCAGAGUUGGCCAAAAGAGUCGAGUUUCUUGAGAACUACUUGAAUGAGGACUCUUAA